UCUCUCUUCCAAUCCAGACAAAAGGAGAGGACGACAGAUCCACGGUAGCGCGCACUGAGCUGAGCAUCCGAGCACCUUGGAGACUCCACGGUUUUGAUCCGACGCACAAGAACGCACCGGCACACCUAUACACGCACGCCCUCCAGGUCCACCUGAAACGUCCAGGCCGGUUGAUUGUCCUGUUUGAAGGCAGAAAAAAGAGGGUCUGAGCACCGGUUCAAUCGCAGCCAGAACACCGCGUUCCCAUGAUGUCAUACCUGUGGAUUCUGCUAUUAGGAAGCCUGCUGGCUACAAGCGCCCAGGCACAAGAUGAUGAAGCCCCAACAGAGGAGGCAGCAGCUCCUGAGGCCCCGGCCCCUGAAGCAGACACAACGGCAGAGGUCAAUGGAGAUUCCGCCGCUGACAAGGAAACUGAGCAUACAGCCGAGGAAAUACCACCAACAGCGAGUGAGCCUGAUAAUGAAGCCGGUGAACCAGUGACUCCUGCGGUUGUAGUGGCAGACACGCCUGCAGCAGACACCGAGCCGGAGGUGAAGGCAGGGGCGGAGGCAGAUGCAGAGGCUGAGGCCACUACAACAAUAGAAGUGCCUGCAGCUGAUCCUGAGGUCAUUGAUCCAAACGCUGAGGAACCAACUGCUCUCGGAGAGGAGGAAGCUACAUCAAGCACUGGUGCAACACCUGCUGAGGAGGAGAGUGGACCUGAGGCCACAUCAGCAGCAGAUCCAGCUGUAGCAGAUAAUGAGGAAAAAACAAUUGAUCCUACUGCUGAUGCACAACCAACAAAAUCAGCUGUUGAGGAAAAAGUCGAACCAGAAGUGGAGGUCCUUGUUCCAGAAAUUGAGGUGGAUGAUGUUCCUGAGGUGAAUAAUGAUGUAGGGUUUGACAUUGGAGAUGCUCUGUCAGAAGACAAUGUGGUGGAAGGCCCAGGAAAGAGGAGCAGCUUUGAAUCUGGGACACAUGCUGCUGGCGCAAGUGGAGAGGUCAAACCUGAAGCCCAAGAGGCCAGCUCCGGCUCUUUGGCAGCCAUCCUGAGUGCAAUUGUGGUGUCUGUAGUGGGAGCAGUUGUUGGAUACUUCACCUACCAGAAAAAGAAACUGUGCUUCAAAGAUAGACAAGAAGUGGAUCCAGAAGCUGCACGCAAAGCUGUUGCAACAGAGGCUCAGUCAGAUCCCCAGGUCCUUAGUAACCUGCUGAACUCCUCCUAGACCAGCAAUGAUCACAUGACUGCCUGGACCAACGACUGGCAAGCAUAGUGGCAAAUCUCACUGUUAAGCUCUAUCGUCUUCUGUGGAGCUAAAUUACUGUGAGGCCCCGGAGUAGGGCUGUGUGUGUGUGUGUGUGUGUGUGUGUCUCUGUCUGUUUGAUUUUGUGUGUGUGUGUGUGUGCGUGCGUGCCUGC